AUGGGUGGGCGGAGCCAGGUGGGAGUGGGCCUGUUUAAUACAGAUGCGCCCCUCCGUGCGCCCUGCGUUCAGCGGCGAGCGGACACGGCCAGAGCGGAGCGGAGCAAGGGGGGAAAAAAAAGCCAGGCACCGGACGGCACCAUGACUGCACCCAGCAACACCUACGAUGUUAUAGUGAUCGGAGGCGGCAUUUCAGGUCUGAGCGCUGGCAAGCUGUUAAAAGCCAACGGGCUGAAUCCUGUAGUGCUGGAGGCCAGGGACCGAGUCGGCGGUCGCACCUUCACUGUGCGGAACAAGGAGACAAAGUGGGUAGAUCUUGGUGGGGCCUACGUUGGACCAACUCAGAACCGUAUCCUACGCUUGGCUAAAGAGUAUGGCAUCAAGACUUACAAAGUCAACGAGCAGGAACACCUGGUGCAUUAUGUCAACGGAAAGUCGUACCCGUUCAAAGGCUCCUUUCCUCCCAUGUGGAACCCUCUUGUUUAUAUGGACUUCAACAACCUCUUCAGGACGAUGGACGAGAUGGGCAAGGAGAUUCCCAGAGAGGCGCCCUGGAGAGCUCCUCAUGCUGUAGAGUGGGACAACAUGACCAUGCAGCAACUGUUCAAUAAAAUCUGCUGGACCAGUGCCGUCCGCCGCUUUGCCACCCUGUUUGUCAACGUGAACGUGACGUCUGAACCCCACGAGGUGUCGGCCCUGUGGUUCCUCUGGUAUGUGAAGCAGUGCGGAGGGACAAUGAGGAUCUUCUCCACCACCAACGGUGGGCAGGAGAGGAAGUUUGUGGGCGGCUCGAAUCAGAUCAGCGAGUGCAUGGCCAAAGAGCUUGGUGAAAGAGUGAAGCUGCAGUCGCCGGUCUACAGGAUCGACCAGAGCGGAGACAUGGUGGUGGUGGAGACGUUGGACAAACAGAUUUACAUGGCCAGAUAUGUCAUUGUGGCCACUCCACCCGGCCUGACCUUGAAGAUGCACUUUAACCCCGAGCUGCCGCCACUCAGGAACCAGCUGAUUUACCGUGUGCCUAUGGGCAGUGUCAUCAAAUGCAUGGUCUACUACAAAGAGAACUUCUGGAGGAAAAAGGGUUACUGUGGCACCAUGGUGAUCGAGGAGGAGGGGGCUCCUAUAGGCUUGACUCUGGAUGACACAAAGCCUGAUGGGACUGUGCCUGCUAUCAUGGGAUUCAUCCUGGCUCGCAAGUGCAGAAAGCUGGCAGAUCUGACCAAAGAGGAGAGGCUGAGGAGGAUCUGUGAGAUUUACUCCAGAGUGCUGGGCUCAGAGGAGGCUCUCCAUCCGGUGCACUAUGAGGAGAAGAACUGGUGUGAGGAGGAGUACUCUGGGGGCUGCUACACAGCCUAUUUUCCUCCUGGAAUCCUGACCCAGUUUGGCAGAGUUCUGCGGGAGCCUGUUGGCAGGCUGUACUUUGCCGGCACAGAGACGGCGUCAGAGUGGAGUGGCUACAUGGAGGGAGCAGUGCAGGCUGGGGAGAGGGCAGCCCGAGAGGUCUUGUGUGCGAUGGGUAAAAUCCACCAGAGCCAGAUCCACCAGCCAGAGCCUGAGAGUCAGGAAGUUCCUGCACUCCCGUUUGUCACCAGCUUCUGGGAGAGGAAUUUGCCCUCAGUCGGUGGUUUCCUCAAGUUCAUGGGAGUCUCCACUUUCCUGUCUGCUGCCGCUGCAGCAGGCCUGGUGGCCUACAAAAAGGGCCUCUUCCCCAGGAGUUAAACUGCCCAGAUCAGUCUUCUUGCUCUACUGCAACUCAAGGGGAGGAGACUCAAUAGAAACCGUUUUCAUAAAUUUCUGUUCUGUUUUUUGUAUUCUUUAAUGAAGGUGGGUGGUUAGAAACACCAGACUAUCGGAGACCGACUGUUCAAAUCAUGCAAAAAGAGUGAUACCCUUUGAGUCUCUGUUGCAGUGUGCAAAGAUUAACAGACUGAUUUGUGGUUAGGAAAUGUAGUCUUAAAGGAGAGGAGAUCCAACUGUUCAAUUAGCACUUAAUCUGUGAAUCAGAUUAUUAAACAAUUAAAGCGGGAAAAAUCUGAAAUAAUAAAGACUAAAAAUAUAUAUUCUCUAUUAAUGUUCAUCACACUGCCAAUGACAUUCAUAUUCUCAAUAACAUUUUAAAGAUUCACCAUACUUGUGGGUAUGAGCUCUGACUGUUUGCAUGUGCACAUGAUUUGGUGAUCAUGCCUUUGUGAGUGUGUGUUCGUAAAAGUGUGUGUAAGUAUUUCCGUGUGUGUGAUUCCAUUGUCUCUAAUUACCUCUGCUGAUUUUAGGUGCUGGUUUAUUCUGACCUUGCUUGUAUAAUGAGAUCCAGUAGAAUUCAAAGAGCGUUGAGCUGUGCCGUCAUCAGUUAUAAAAUCACAGAGGACAAUGUUUUUUGUCAUAUUGUGACCUAAAUGUCCCAUUAAAAGAUGAAAAAAGAGAAAUAAAACAGCAACUCUGUGAUUUAGUGUGUCUCCUUGGGCCAUUCUUAUUUUUUCUACCUACUACGUACUGUUGCCUAACAUUUUCCUGUGGUUUAACACAAAUCUGUUUUAAACAUUUACGUGUUCCUAAUAAUAUUGGCUAAACUGAAUGUUACUGGUGUUUGCAUUUUGUUUGGAAUGUGUUAAAAAUAACAAACUGGUCUGCAUAUGAAAGAGAAAUUGUUCUGAGGUGCAAUUAUACUGAAUAAUCCGACAAUGGCGUAAAUGUACGUCAGUUUAAAAAAAUGUUUUCUCAAAUAUUUUUUAAUCUAAAAAACACAAAACAAUAAUUUAUCAAUUCAUACAUUGUCUAUACUAUGUGGUAUGUGGGUUUGGUGGUUGCCAUGAAGUGGUUCUGGUUUCUAUUUCCAGGAGUCAUCGGGCGAGAGACAAGAUACACCUUGAAUUAUUUCGUAUAUCACAUAUUUAGGUUUGAAGACUAAGUUUAGUAAUUGGGUGUAAACCCAGAGCCAUAUUUCACUUGAGCUUUAAUUAAUGAAUGUCUGGUCACUCACCGUCCAUAAUACAGAGACAGUUAACAACAUUUGUGCCUAAAUUUGGCACAAAUUUAGCUUUACCUGUCUGUGGCUAAUUAACGACUUCCUGAUUAGUUAGCUGUAGCCAGCUGUGGUAAAUAAAUUGUAAGAACAGAUAAACUUGUUAGUUUCUUUGAGGUGCCAAAAACAUGAAAGUUUGUUUUGGCCAGAACUUAUAAGAUGUACCCAUCUGGAGCAAAUUGCCAGUAGCUAACUGUUGCUAGUUUUCUGUAGCUUAGCUGUGGCUAAUAAUUUUAUCAAAUUGUGGACUUUAGGAUAUACCUAACUAAAGCUAAUUGGUUGAGAACUUAUAACCAACAAAGAUAAAGCUAGCUGUGUUUACUUAACUGUAACCAGCUGUCCCUAAUACUAAAAUUUAAAGCUAGCUGUGAGUUAACAGUUGCACGUAGCUAAAGAAAUUAGCAGUAGCAUCUUUAAGGGAACGCUAGCAAAGUUUAGAUAGUUGCAGCCAGAUGUGGCUAAUAAAGUGUAUGACUAGCUGUGUGUUAUGAGUUGUACCUAGCUAAACAAAUGAGCAGAUUACAUUUUCCCUGGUCCCUAACCCUAUAAUUGAAUAUGAUAUAAUUAUCACAAACGUGGUUUUCAAUGUAUGUAUGUAGACACCUUAAUUUAAAUCUAGAAUAAACCAAAAUACCAAAAUGUGAAAUAAUAAUUUAAGUCUGUAAGUGCCCACUUUUUGAAACAUAUUUGUCUUCAGUUUUAAGACAGGAAAAACAUUUUAAUUAAAAUAAUACAGAUAAUAGAUAAAUAAACAACUAUAUGCAUACGGAGAUGUAUUUUCUUCAGAUUAAAUAUUUGUUGUUAAAUUAGAGUAACUGUUAUUACUGCAAUUUCUCAGUCACAUUAACUUUAACACAAGGGUUUUUAUUAAAGCUGAAGGAAACCACCUAUCCAUUGUUUUAUUGCAUUACAUGCCUGUAGAGAAAUCUGAUAUAUGCCCAUAUCUUUCAAGGAAUACUUGCAAAUCUGUAGAACACUUUAAAUUUGUUUAUGGGGGUGAAACAGUGCAUUCAUUUCAAAAUAAAACUAAGAUAGCCUAAAUAAACCUAGAACUAUUUCAUUUAUUGAAGACUGAAUUGGAAAUCCAUGCCGAUACAUGCACUAAAUUUAUAGAAAACUUGUGUUGAGGUAAGUUGAUAUAAGCUGCCAGUUGUAAAGGUAGAAAUAAUGUUUUUACUUUUCCUUACAAAUGUCAGAAUAGCUGAAGCCAGUCUAUUCAAGAGAACCCGUGUUCACGUGUCUGCCAUGUUAGGAGAACUGUACAGUGAAUGGCUACAGUGAGAACUCAAUCUUUUCCCAAAGACUGGUGUUUGUGAGUUUUGUUGUAUCUGUUGUGCCUUAAUGGAAGUCUUGGUGUUUUGUCAUUUUUCUCAAGUGCCUGUGUAACUGACUGUUUCUGCCCGCCCACCCCCCACUAUGACAUGUUGCUUCAAGGCAUCUCCAGUUACACUCAACCACAUCUCUCAAUGGGUUUCACCAAACAUUACAUUUUUAAAUGUUCCUUAUGUUACCUGAGUUAUGUCCGCCUUAUAAACUUGACUCAGGUAAAACCAGGUGUAUAAAAUAGCGCUGACUGUUUGGGUGAUCUAACUUCUCUGCAGUGGAACCCAGUCUAUGUCUGCUUUGUAUUGUGAUGGCAGUGCUUCACGAUGUGUCUCCCCAUAUUGUAGAGUCCUGGUGUCUUUCUGGUUGCUUAAUUUCAUCCUGUAUCAGAUCCAACCACUCCCAUGAUCCACCUCCGGUAGAGGUUUUCAAAACUUGGUCUAGAAGUAAGGAUCUGUUGGUGACGAAGAUCACAUUUGAACCAAUCUUGUUAGCUGUUGGCUGAUGUCAGUAAACAGACAAAAAGCCGGGGAGCUCUGAUGGUUUAUCAUUUGUGAACUACAGUACUGAGAGGACUAUUAGCAAAAAAAAAAAAAAAAAACAACUACAUUGUCGAAUCCUUGUUGACUUUUUUUCUACUGAUUAUUUUUCUUCAUCUUCCAUGCACACAAACCUUGCAAACUAUUCCUGUAACCUGUUCUUUGAUGUCUUUGAUUCCUCAAACCAAGCUGAUGAUAUUCAAAAUGUGAAAUAAAUCCUUUACUCGUCUGA